ACAGCGUAAGUGGAAAAUCGGCUCUGCUUGAAACAUCUUCUCCCUCGGUUGAUAUUUGUGUCGUCCGUAAUUUUCCUAACAUCGUUCAAAAUAUCACUUUUCCGUACGUCCCUCCGAUAUCGUUCUUUCGCAAACACGCCGUGCUGUGUGCUCU